GGCGGAUAUGAUGUGUGUGGUGUGUUGUUGUUAUUGUGUUGUUCCGGGAAACCACUGACACUAGCAGAACAGAGCAGGGGGGUGUACUUGCGCUGAGACUGGAAAGUGCGUCAAAAACAGCGCUGGGUUUUUUCUGUGAUACUUCAGCAUGAAAAUGAGACGCAGCUGCUGAUAGACAGAUGGCUUUAUUCCUGGAGGGGACAGCAGCAAGCAGCACCAUGGAAAUGUCCAAUUUUGCCCAUGUCAUCUUCCAGAAUGUGGGGAAAAGUUACCUUCCUCAUGCAGCAUUAGAGUGCCAUUACACUCUCACACAGUUCAUUAAACCACAUCCCAAGGACUGGGUCGGCAUAUUCAAGGUUGGCUGGAGCACCGCUCGUGACUACUACACGUUCCUGUGGUCACCUCUUCCAGACAGCUACACCGAGGGAACCGCAGUCAACAGAUCUGUGGUUUUCCAAGGUUACUACGUCCCAAAUGACGAUGGUGAAUUCUACCAGUUUUGCUAUGUCACACAUAAGGGAGAGAUCCGUGGGGCCAGCACUCCAUUCCAGUUCCGCGCCAGCAGCCCCACAGAGGAGGAACUGCUGACAAUGGAGGAUGAAGGUGGAUCUGAUAUCCUGGUGGUCACCACCAAGGCUAGUUACCUGGAGCAAAAGAUGGAACAAAUUCAACAGGAAAAGAAGGAGCUCUUGGAAAACAUGGACCUACUUCAGAAAGAGAGGGAUGAACUGAUUGAUGAGAAGAACAGACUACAUAAAGAAUAUGAGCAGGAGCGAGAUAGCAGCUCUCAGCUCAGGAAAGAUGUGCUGGAGUUGCAGCUGUCUGCCCAGAGCUUGCAGGAGGAGAGAGAGGAGGUGAAAAGGAGAAUGGAGGAGAGUACGGCACGACUGUUGCAGUUAGAGGAGGAUCUGAUCGGAGUCACACAAAAAGGCCUGCAGAAGGAGACAGAACUAGACUGCCUGAAGGAUCGAGUGAAGAAGUUAACCCUGGAGAAAGAGGCUCUUGAAUGUCAGCUGAAGAAUGAGAAAGAUGAGAAGGAGCUUUAUAAGAUUCACCUGAAGAACCGGGAGCUUGAGAACACUAAGCUGAGUGCUGAGCUGCAGAUGUUGAAAUCUGUAGAUGUGAAUAAGGAGAACACCAUUGCUCAGCUGAAGGAGGAGCUCACUAGAGUCAAAUCCUGCCUGGCAGAGAAAGAAAAACAGCACUGCCAACUACUGGCCAACAGUUCACCUUCGGGGGAAAGUAAGGCUCUUAGGGAGCAGCUCAGGCAGAAAGAGGAGCAGUUGCAGGCAACCCAGCAGCAGGCAAAUAUGCUAAAAGCUGAGCUGCGCGACUCCUCUAACGCUCGUGACAGAAGCAUGGCCGACCUAUACCGGAUCCGCCUGGAGGCCGAGUCAUUAAAGAAGGGACAGAUGGAAGCCCGGGCUGAGUGUAGCCGCCUGGAAAAGCAGCUGGAGGAGAUGAAAAACUCAACCCAGCAGGAGGCGCAGUGUAAGGAGUCAGAAGGGUUAGCUGUUGCCGAAUUGCAGAGAGAAGUUGAAGAUUUACGGCUCAGGCUGCAGAUGGCUGCUGAACACUAUAAAGACAAAUAUAAGGAAUGCCAGAAGCUCCAGAAACAAGUGGUCAAGCUCAUUGAACAGCAAGGAGUGAAGAGAAGUCCAGGGUCUGAACCAGCAGCUGGUCCUUUAUCUGCCAGUCCAGAGGCAUCUGCACCAGGAAGCCCAGGUUCUUCAGAUGCUGUGCUAGAUGCCAUCAUUCAGGGCAAGCUGAAAAGUGCAAGCAAGGAGCCAGACAAAAAUGACAGAUACAGGAAAUGCAAACAGAUGCUUAAUGAGGAGCGAGAGCGUUGCAGCAUGAUAAACGAUGAGCUCACAAAGAUGGAGGUGAAGCUAAGAGAGCAGAUGAAAACCAAUGAGGGCCUGCGAAUGCAGCUGGCUGCUGAGGAGGAUCGCUACAAGAGCCAGGUGGCAGAGAAGGGCCGAGAACUCAAGGAGCUGAAGGACAGUCUUUUUUCGUUGACCAAAGAAAAAGAGAAGCUAGAGAGGGAGUUGCAAAGGAGUGUCAGCAGGGAAGAAGAACAUGAAAAGAAAGAUGGCAAUGUGGAUGCGCAGUCAGUUUUCUUGCAGUACCCGAUGCCGUACCCUCAAGACGAUCCAUCUCCUCUACUGGUGCCCCAGCGCCCCACUGAUCUCAUGUUUGGGAACCCGUACUCUUCUAAUGAUUCCAGGGAUGGAGCUGAUGGAGAGUUCUCUGAUGACCAUAUGCCCCGACUGCCCCCAGUUGGGCCUCCAUCCUGGGACAGCAAUGUAGUGUGCAUACAGCCCGCCCGGAACCUCAGCCGCCCCGAUGGACUGGAGGAACCAGAGGAGCCGCAGAACACUCAAACCAAUGAUCAGCCUACAGCUGCUGACCCCGCAGAGUUCCUCAAUGAUGGACAGAUGCCAUUCUGCUUUGAACCCAGUGGGGAGCAGAAGCGUUGUCCGCUGUGUGAAGUGAUCUUCCCUCCUCAUUACGACCAGUCCAAGUUUGAGGAGCACGUGGAGAGCCACUGGAAGAUCUGCCCCAUGUGCGGUGAACAGUUCCCUCUCGACUGUGACCAGGAGCUCUUCGAGAAGCACGUCCUCACCCACUUCGACAGUAACGUGCUCAACUUCUAGUCGAGAAAAAGAGUCCUUGCCUCCACUUCACAUUCUGCUCAUUUGUGUUACAGUUAACAGCCACUUUAAACAGCAUAUUUAGCUUUGAGCAUUCAUCUGUAGAGAACUGAUUCUUUAUUUAACGCAAUCAAGAUAAAGUCUGGAUACUGUUAAUGAAUUCCAAAUGACUAAAAGAUGGAUUUGGGUGACGUUUUAGGGUUUUUAUUUAAGUCCAUUGUAGUUGGGGAUUACUUCUGUCAAUAGGACUGUUUAUUCUAGCUCACUUUAACGCUUCUCAUAUCAAAGUUAGCAUUGCAGGUGGUUAAGAAUAAUUUAAGAACACUGAGCAAAUGUCAUAUUAAAGCAUUCUGUUGAGAACCUUCCCCAGGUUCUAUAGUUUAUGUCAGGUAUCGCCUACUAUACUCUGUGCAGGCAGAGCACAGCUUUUUCUGGCAGGGCAUGUAUGUGACCAGCUAAGAGGGUGGUUCUAUAUUAUAAAAUUAUUUUAGAAUAAGCUUUUAAAGAUAAACCUUGAUAAUCAAGUUAUUUGAGUUAGUGUUUUUUCCUUUAUCUAUUUAAAUCAUUUAUUUCAAUUGAGUCGCAUGCUCACGUUUCCUGUGCACUGAAAUCACAAACCUAGAUCUUUUAUUUUUGUUCCAUUUCCUUAGUUAAAUACUUUCGGUCUCUUACUGUGCGAGUGUGUCUUAUAUACUUGAUCUAAACUAAUAAAGAUUUCACUGAAGCAAUA